GUACUUUGUAGCAGUACACCUAUUGCUGUUGCUGUUGCCGUUGCUGUGAUACAGACCCACGAUGCAGCUGUGUCCCAAGGAGCUCGACAAGCUCGUCAUCUCCCAGCUGGGCCUGCUCGCCCAGCGCCGCCUGGCACGAGGCGUGAAACUGAACCAGAGCGAGGCGACGGCCCUCAUCGCCAACAACCUCCAAGAGCUUAUCCGCGAUGGCAACCACUCCGUCGCCGACCUCAUGGCCAUGGGCAAGACGAUGCUGGGCCGCCGCCAUGUCCAGCCCGCCGUCGUCGCCGGCCUCCACGAGCUGAUGGUCGAGGGCACCUUCCCCACCGGUACCUACCUCGUCACCGUCCACCACCCCGUUUCGAGCGACGAUGGCGAUCUCGAGAAGGCCCUGUAUGGCUCGUUCCUGCCCGUCCCCUCCAACGACAUGUUUCCGCUCCCCGACACGAGCGUCUAUGAGCACGCGAAGCAGCCUGGCGCUGUUGUGGCCGUCAAGGGUGAAGCCGGCAUUGUCCGGCUGAACGAGGGACGCAAGAGGAUCAGCCUCCGGGUCAAGAGCAUGGGAGACCGCCCCAUUCAAGUCGGCUCGCACUACCACUUCAUCGAGACGAACCCGCAGCUGUCCUUCGACCGCGUCCGCGCCCACGGCUACCGUCUCGACAUCCCCGCCGGCACAUCGGUGCGUUUCGAGCCUGGCGACACCAAGACGGUCACGCUGGUGCAGAUUGGAGGGAACCAGGUCAUCAAGGGUGGAAACAGGAUCGCUUCGGGCCACAUCGACGACAAGAGCAUCGCCGAGGGCAUCGUCGAGCGACUGACCGCCGGUGGUUUCCUGCACGUGCCGGAGCCUGCUGGCGAUGCAGCCCACAUUGACAUGUGCACCAUGGAGCGCCAGGCCUACAUCAGCAUGUUCGGGCCGACCACCGGAGACGUGGUGCGACUGGGUGCCACCGAUCUCUGGGUCAAGGUCGAAAGGGACCUGACACGCUACGGCGACGAGUGCGCAUUCGGCGGCGGCAAGACGCUCAGAGAAAGCAUGGGCCAGGCAUCAGGGCGCUCCGAUGCCGACACCCUCGACACCGUCGUGACCAACGCUCUGAUCGUCGACUGGUCGGGCAUAUACAAGGCAGAUAUCGGUAUCAAGGACGGCAUCAUCGUGGGCAUCGGCAAAGCAGGCAAUCCUGACGUUAUGGAUGGUGUUGACCCUAACAUGGUUGUCGGCUCCAACACCGAUGUUAUUGCAGCCGAGCACGACAUUGUGACAGCAGGGGGUUUCGAUACCCAUAUCCACUUCAUCUGUCCCCAGCAGGCCCAGGAGGCCAUCGCAUCUGGGAUAACAACAAUGCUUGGUGGCGGUACGGGGCCAAGCACUGGCUCCAAAGCCACCACUUGUACGCCAGGAAAGACACACAUCCGCCAGAUGCUGCAGGCGAUCGACACGCUCCCCUUGAACUUCGGUAUUACUGGUAAAGGCAAUGACGCAGAGGUCGAGCCUUUGCGAGAGCAGGCAGAAGCUGGAGUCUGUGGUCUGAAGUUGCAUGAGGACUGGGGAACCACACCUGCCGCGAUUGAUGCAUCCUUGACUGUGUGCGACGAGUAUGACAUUCAGACACUGAUCCACACUGACACCUUGAACGAGUCCGGCUUUGUCGAGCAGACUGUCGCUGCCUUCAAGAACAGAGUCAUUCAUACCUACCACACCGAAGGCGCAGGCGGAGGGCAUGCACCAGACAUUAUCAGCGUCGUCGAGCAUGACAACGUUCUUCCAUCGUCCACAAACCCUACCCGGCCGUACACGCGCAAUACCUUGGACGAGCAUCUGGACAUGCUCAUGGUCUGUCACCAUCUAUCCAAGAACAUCCCUGAAGAUGUAGCUUUUGCCGAGUCGCGUAUCCGUGCCGAGACGAUCGCCGCAGAGGAUGUGCUUCACGACCUCGGCGCCAUUUCUAUGAUGUCGUCAGAUUCGCAGGCAAUGGGGCGAUGCGGUGAAGUCAUUCUCCGGACAUGGAACACGGCGCACAAGAACAAGGUCCAGCGCGGAUACCUCAAAGAGGACGAAGGUACCGGUGCCGACAACUUCAGAGUGAAGAGAUACAUCAGCAAGUACACCGUCAAUCCUGCCAUCGCUCAAGGCAUGGGUCAUCUCAUUGGCAGCAUCGAAGUCGGUAUGCUGGCGGACUUGGUCUUGUGGCAUCCUGCAAACUUCGGCGUCAAGCCGGCGCUAGUCGUCAAGAGCGGAAUGUGCUCCUACGCCCAGAUGGGUGAUCCCAACGCCUCGAUCCCCACCGUAGAGCCCGUCAUCAUGCGCCCCAUGUUCGCUCCCAUGGUGCCUUCAUCGUCGGUCACAUUCGUGUCCAAGGCCAGCAUUGACUCCGGUGUCAUCGCGUCGUACGGCUUACGGAAGCGCGUCGAAGCAGUCAAGAAUUGCAGAAACAUUGGCAAGCGAGAUAUGAAGUUCAACGACGUGCGACCGAAGAUGACGGUCGACCCCGAGACGUACAGAGUUGAGGCCGAUGGGAUGCAUUGUACGGCCGAACCGAGUGAAGAGUUGCCGUUGACGCAGGCGUACUUUGUGUAUUAGAAAUGCCAUUGUUCCUUGCAUCACUACCCCUCACAGACAAGUCUUUACCAGCCUGCCUGCAGAUGCAAGUUGUCACUGAAUACUCACUAGCUGUAGGGAGAUGUGCACUCCCAUCGAUACAAGUGUCAGAAGCAGAAUCGACAGUACGAAUGGAUACAACCUUGAUCUUCACGCCUCGGAAUGUCAGCGUUGGCUGUUACACGCUUCACCUCGCAAGAACAAGUCUACAUAACUCAAAAGUGGUUGCCCAGAGUCAUUAUUCCCCCAAUUAAUA